GUUGGGGUUUUAAAAGACUUGGGAGUUUAUAUAUAUAUUAACAAACUAACAACAAAAACAAUUUAUUUUUUUUACUCUUUGAAAAAAAAAAUAACAACAAAUUUAGCGUUAAGUAUUUCCAACAACAAUUAAAUCCCGGCACUUUUGGGGAUGCCCAUCAUGAUGGAGCGAGGCUCAGAGAGCGCUCGGGGCCGGGCGACCGGCGCCAAGAGCCCGUCCGGUGCGGCGGCGGCGGCUGCGGCGGCGGCGGCGGCGGCGGCGAACGGCCACCACUCGGAAGAGAGCAGCUCCAGUGAGGACGAACGCACGGGAGGUGGCAUUCGCGUCGGCUCGAGCUACCAGGUCGUCAUCCCUCCGUUCAACCCGGGUGCGAUGCAGUGCGAGGCGGCGGAGCGCGAGAGGGAGCGGGAGCACGCCGGGAUGCUUGUGUGGUCACCCAACCAUAACAUCCCCGAGCCAAGACUGGAUGAAUACAUCGCCAUUGCCAAGGAGAAGUAUGGAUACAACAUGGAGCAGGCUCUGGGGAUGCUGUUCUGGCACAAGCACAACAUCGAGAAGUCGCUCGCGGACCUGCCCAACUUCACGCCCUUCCCGGACGAGUGGACGGUGGAGGACAAGGUGCUGUUUGAGCAGGCGUUCAGUUUCCACGGGAAGAGCUUCCACCGCAUCCAGCAGAUGCUGCCUGACAAGUCGAUCGGCAGCCUGGUGCGGUACUACUACGCGUGGAAAAAGACGCGCACGCGCACCAGUGUCAUGGACCGCCAGGCACGCAAGCUGGCCGGCAAGCGUGAGCACGACGAGAGUGACGAGUCCGAUGAUGGGAAUCGUGCCGAGGGGCGCGAGGGAGACGCGGAGGCGAAGAAAGAGCCGAAGAAGGAGGCGCUGGUUGUACAGGUGGACGGGCGAGUCGUCGGUCAGCCGCCCCCCAAGCCGAUGGAGCCUCCGGUGCAGCAACCGAGCCGGGCGGGCCCCAUCCGCCGUGAGGGGCAGGGCCCUCAGCACCGGCACCACAUGCUGCGCAACAAACGCCGGCCCCCUCGCGGGAUGUUCCUCAGCUGGGACGACCUGGUGGUGGUGUCGGCCUGCCCAACGGCCGCCAGCACUGUCCUGCGGCAGCUUGACAUGGAGAUUGUCUCCCUCAAGAGACAGGUGCAGAGCGCGAAGCAGCAGAGUGGAUCUCUGAAGCAGAUGCUGGAUGGGGGGAUCUCAGCUUUUCGGCCCACUGAGAGUAAUCCACGAGUGAGCGUCCGUUGGUCAACUGAGGAGCAGCUCCUGGCUGUGCAGGGAAUUCGCCGCUACGGCCGGGAUUUCCAAGCGAUUGCGGACGUGCUGGGCACCAAGACCGUGGCGCAGAUCCGCAACUUCUUCGUCAGCUACCGUCGCCGCUUUAACCUGGAGGAGGUGCUGCAGGAGUGGGAGGCGGAGCAGGGAGUCACGGGCGGGGGAGCGGGUGCUGGCGGGGCCAGCGGUGGCGGUGUAGCCUCGGGCGAUGGCGACAGCAGCUGCAAGAGCUCCUCCAACGCAUCGUCCGGCAAAAACUCGGAUGAUGAGGAGAAUGACGAGGUGCAGCCCAUGGACGUGAGCCACACAGCUGCAGCGGUGACGACAGAGCACCCGGGCUCGGGUUCCCUGUUGCACCCGCCACCCCCACUCCUGCGGCCACCGCUGCCCUCGUCCGCGCCGCCGCUGCACCGCCAGCCGCCCCCGCUGCAGCCUCAGCGCCCCGGCCCCGGCGCCGUGUUGGCACGCCCGGCCACGCAACCGCCCCCGUUGAUCCGGCCCGCGCCAGGUGCUCCCCCACGUCUCAACCCGCGACCACCGGGCUCGGCGCUUGCGCAGCUCCCGUCGCUCGUGCAGGGCGGUGGCGGUGUUGGUGGUGGCAGCACCGGCGAAGCAGGGACCCCAUCCUCGCAUUGAAGAAUGGCGCUCACUACCCCCCCCCCCCCCGUCUUCCUUCCCGCCAGCUCUUCCCUGUUGUCCACCACCUCUUAUUUUUCUAACGUCACCAAAAGUACUCACCCGCUUCCUGAUACGGGUGCACCACAGGGAAACAAACGUCAGUGGUUUAAUCUCUGCAUUUCGCUUUGCCAGGUUUUUCUCAAUAUGAUGAUGCUAAAGGUGCGUGAGCACCUGCUUUAGACAGUGGCACUCAUCCGCAGUCAGCAUGCGCUAGUUUACAUCUUGUUGGUCAGUGGCAGUCGAGCUUGCAGCUGUGCUGUAAUCUGCCCGCAUGUGCGUGCGCGUUAAGAUCGGAGGAGAGCCCUUUGCGUUUGUUUCAAAGAAUGGGGAAAAAAAUGGCAGUGCAGUAAAUGCGGGCGUGGGUAGCUCGACUAGCCACGUGAUAAUUGUACCAUCCUCACCCCUUUGAUCCGGCCACCACCCCACAGCCAUGUCAAGCAAGAGCCAAAAAGUUCCAACCGUUUCCAAAGAAAUAGCCAAUCGUGUGACCUUUGAUCCUCGGUGUCACCCUGCGACUCGUUGCGCCUCACUUUACCUGCUUCAUCUUGACUUUGUUUUUGGUUGUGACGAGACGAGCGUCAGUCGACAGGUACCGUGUCCUCCCCCUUGCUUCCAACAUUUGUGGUGUCGCUCGGUGCAUUUGCUGUGCUUGCUUACGGUCUGGUGCUACUCUUGAAAAUAUAUUUAAAAAAAUUAGAACGAAGAGAAUGAUUAAAGACACACUAAAACGUGCGUGUGGUAUCUAUGGUCAUAAUGCAUUAUGACUCCCCCAUUUGCAUGCGCACUGGACCUGCGCACAUUGUUACCUUUAAUUCUCAAUGAUAGCAUGUGCAGUGAAGAAGAGUUGACACUUUUUUUCCUCCAUGUAUAGUGAUGGAAUGGCAUUAACAGAGUUUUGCUGGAGCUGGUUUUUAGUUGCACAGGAUACAAAAAGCUUGUUUUUAGGCGCCGAAAGACUGAACUGGGCCGAAGUUGGGUUUUCCUUGGGUGACGUCUGCUAACCCUGAGCCUGGCAGUCCAUGGGCCAGUUGCAGAAAUUAGUGGCACUUGAAGUGGAGAAACCCUUUUUCUAUUCUAAACUUGGGGCAGAGCAUUACAGACUUGUAUGAUACGUUGAACUUCUUUUGCACCGUACGUAGCCAACCGUGCUAAUCGGAGGUUGUAGAGUUUGACCCACGGAAGGAGAGAAUUUAUUUUGAGAAUCCUUCAGCGAACCUUUUUGUUUAUCCACGAGAGAGUGCACGUUCAAAUGCUCGAUUGCAGAGAAAUGUUCAGUCAUGUGGCAGUCGAAAUAAGUUGAGUUGAAACCACUUCACUACCUUGGUACCAAUUUAUUUUUAUGGCUGUUAAAAAAAAAUUGUUUAUAAAUUUUCACUGAUUUUAAAAAAAAUCUUUAGUACUAAAUGGUGGUACUGACAAGUCAAAUACUUGGUCUGGGCCCUUGAACACCAGACCAGAUUCUGCCCAAAACAGGAAUGAGGACAUGUAGAAUGAGAUGGUCCUGUGAACAAGCGUCACUGAGUCAUGGUCAAUUGGAGGAAAGCGUCAGUGGCAACAUCAUGCACCCUGCCUGGAACGUGUUGGAAUAUAAUUAUUUUUUGCCCAUGCUAAAGUUUAUGAACUGGUGAAAUGAAGUCUGGAAGCGAGACACACCCAAAUGAAUUAAUUAAUGGGAAGUUCUCGCGGGGUAACCAUUGGAAUAAAAUCAAUGAUCGUGCAUUUUAAAUGGACAUCGGAGACAGUGCUGUCUGCUGUGUGUUCAGUGUGAGCAUGUUUACAUGCACAAAGUUCAUCUGACCUCAUUGGUUUUGGUGUGGGUAAUACGUAAAAACACAGAGCAGACUGCCUGCAUUAUCUUUUGGCAGGAGUGAUGGUUAGUGGCAGGUAGGUGGUCUUAUGUAAAUACAGUAAUAAUAAUGUUAAAAUAAUUUAAUGGACGAUAACACGAGAACAUCUACUGAAGUUCCUACAACGUUUACAUUGCACAGUGACCGUUGAAUUUGGAUUUGACUUGUUCUACAGGCUUCCAAUGUUUUUUCUUCUGUAUUUGACAAAACAUGUUCGUAUAUGACUUGUAGUUAUGUUUCCAGUGUGGGCUGUUAAGGUUGUGAUUUUUUUUAAACGUUUAUAUCUGUGUACAGUAUUGAGGGGUUGUCGAAUGAUUUUAGCAGACACUCGCCAUUUAUUGAGCCCCCACGUGGUUCCAUAAUUUGUCAUAAAAUCAGCGUCGCUUUUGGCUCCAAAUUUUUGUUACAUUUUUAUCAUUGUAGCGCCUCUAGUGGCUGCAGCGGUCAUGAAAUUAUUACAGCAUCCUUAAUACAGUUUUUUUUAAGGUUGGAGCGCGUAAAUAUAAAUGUGUCGUUAUACCGGCUACUACCCGACACAGCCAAUUAGUAAGGUUUGUCACGUAAACAGAACAUGCCAGUACAUUUGUAACUAGUACUUUUGUAACGAAUUGGCAUGUUCUGUUUGCGUGACAAACCUUACCAAUUGGCUGUGUCGGGUUGUGGCCGGUUUAACGACAUUUAUAUAUUAACGCGAUCUAACCCAAGAAAACCCUGAAGUGGAUAUUGGUCGCAAAAGCCCAUGUGUUAACGUUAUUACAGAAUAAAUGAAAUGACGGGAUUUUCACAUGCACAUUUUUUUUUCUUGAGCAUAAUCUACAAUGACACAUCUUGAAGCCAUCAGAGGCUUUUCUGGUAGUUGUGGUGAUAGGUGUGGCAUAGUGCAAAUAAAAAGUACCAAUUUGCUGGUAUUACGUAAUUAACACUCACAUUUAAUUAAAACGGCAUUACCUGGAACUAAUCGUGAAACAGUUUUAAAUUUUAAGACUUUACAAUUUGAAGCAUGAGCUAGAAGUCUCUGAUAGGGUUGUAAAUGUAAACCUUCUUGCAGUAUGUACUGUUCAGUAUAUAGAAAGUGCCUACAUUUACAAUAAUGUUCUAAUAUAAUUCACAGUACAUUCAUUUGUAAUAUAAAUACCCAGAAAAUAUAUUUAACAAUGUAUACACUCUUAUAGCAAACAGUAAUUGCCAUAAUGAAGUAAAUGUAUGCUGGCUUAUCCUAAAUUGUUGCCUAUUCCUGUCCGGUUUUGAGAGGUUUUGCUCAACAGUACUUUAAUGUGUCGUUACAUGCCUAAUGUUAAAGUUACACUGACCAAAAUUUUUGGCAUUUUCAUAGUUUUAAGCAAAACCAUUGUACAAAUAAAAAAUAUCCCCAUUGAAAAAAAAAAUGAACCAUUAUUGAUCUCCAUUGGUGAUCCUGGGACAGUCUUGGAAAUUCACCGUUCUUAUGACACGGGCCAUGUCACGUCAUGGGAGAAUUACUUUUAUUUCCACGCGUUCAGUGGUGGAGCUUCACAGAAAAGGUGGUAGGUACUACGUCUCUGGAAGAAAAGUGACAACUAUGAUGGUAGUCGAGCCAAGUAGUUGACUCAAGCCAAGAUUUGAACUCGUGCGGUAAUGUUUGAGUGACUUGGGUACAUCAGUUGAGUUGUAGCCAGGCCUUUCGGACUUUACCAUUUAAGUAUACCUUAAUAUCUCGGCAACUGUGAAGUGACUUGAAAAAAAAUGAAGCCAGAUCUGUCUAUCCUUUGCUGUUUACAACACGUAUGUCAUUGACAGCCCUCAUAAGUAUUGUUUGACAUCCGCUAUAUAUACCCACAUACAUUAAUUUUAAAUAUUAUAAAAUGUUUGAUAUCUUGAGGUUUUGUGUAACUGUUUUUGUGCAUGCUGACGGUGUGUUAACCUCGUAUUACCACGCUCGUUAUUUAGACUAUGAUUGGAAUAACUGCGUAGGGAGCACACACUUGUGAUAUUAAAUUAGCGCAGUGUGGAGUGGCUUUAGUUGAAGGGGUUAUAAUUAGCAUUAGAUUUAUAAAAAAUAUAUAUUAGGACUUGAUGUCACCCAUUGAGCCAUGCCUAUAAGUUGGGAUGUUUUGACUUAUAUCAAUGCUGUUAGGAAGAAUAUACUAAACAGGUAGCAAUGAUGUGAUGCUAACGUAGACGAUGAUUUACACUGGGGUGUCUUUUAUAUGGAAUUGCAUAAUCUUAAUUAAACGCCCUUUUUGGAA